AUGGACCCAUCUCCAUUACAUAUCUCUAGUAGAUCUCAAUUACCCUCCCAAACUCAUCUUCAACCAAACCCUACAAGGUCUGACAGUGAUGGCUUACCGCCUUUGAAUAAUGAUAAAGAAGACACUAACCGACAUAAGACGGAUUCUUUGCUCGCUACCACUUUUUCUGUAAGAUCAGCUUCCCACGUCAGUGAUGAUCAUGACAGUCAAAUUCGGCAAUACUUAAGCCCAUCAUCUCGCCAAAGUGAAGAGGAAAUAUUUAAGGAUAAGAAACAGGCGUCUAUUAGAAAACUUGGGAAAGGUUUCUUGCAGCAGACACGUAGGAACAACACUAGAAAUAGACUUACAGAUAUAACAGCUUAUGAUUGCUAUUCAUUAGAUUGGAAAGACGUUAUUUGCAUGGAUGAAUAG